AUGGGUAAACAGCAAGCGGGGACAUGGUCGAGCGAGAGUCUGGCAAGAGGACCAGGGUCGGAGGCGUACGACUUCUCUAUUACUGGUCAGCUCGGUCAGGGCCGUGUCGGGGCUGUUCACGUUGUUGAGAUACGAUCCUGCUCAAUACCCGUUGCUGUACCGCCUUUGGUUGUCAAAGUUGCGAAUCGCGACUUUUGCGAUAAGCUCUCCAAGGAAGCAUGGAUGUACGAGGAGAUGGAGGCUCUUCAAGGCGUCGCAAUUCCCCGCUGCUAUGGAUAUUUUCUCUCCGAGAUCCCUCCGCACACUAAGGUUCUCGGAUGGGACCGCGUGGCUACUACGAAACUUCCUAUAUCGAUCCUGCUCCUGGAGCGUCUUGGGGAUCAUUUGCGUCUAGGCGAGCCCAUCCCUCAAACUAUUCAAGAUGACUUAUGGUGCAUUACCAAGGAUCUGGGGGAAUUGCACAUUUUUGAUAACGAUCUUCGUUAUGAUAAUGUAUUGCUAGCCCCUGCGUCACCCCCAGGCCUCCCUUCGCUGGUAUCGCCCUAUAGUCACCGAUCCUACGAAUUGAGACUCGUGGAUUUCGACACUGCUUACAAGAUCAACUUUCCCCCGUGGCUUCUUGUUGCGCACCAUAGGCAUCUCGUCGAGCUAAUCCUCGAUAAUGUGCCCGAUGGAAACGUCGUCAACUUAUUUGACGACGAUUGA